AUGGAACAGGUUGUGGAAUUCCUUGAAAAUUGUGAUUUAUAUCCAAAAUUAGAAGAAAAAAAAAAAAACUCAAGAAAUCCAUUAUCAGGUAUUAUUACAAUUAUUUAUUUACCAUUAUUAAUAUUUUAUUUAUGGUUUAGUAUUAGACCACAAUAUGGAGCGUUACCAAAUUGUUGUGCAUGUGCUGCUCAUUCAACACCAAAAGAAUCAUGGAUAUAUGAAGCGAUUAAACCUGAAUGUAUGAAUUCAACAAGUUGUAGAGAGAAUGUACAAAAACAACUAACACUGAAUUGUGAUGCAACUUUACAAUAUUUACCGAUACCUGAUGUCAAUUUGACGAUGAAUAUAGCCGAGAUUGGGUGUCUAGGUUUGAAACCGGGUGAUUCAUGUAAUGAAGAGUGUUUAGCGGUAUCAAAUCGAUGGAUAACCAGUCUGGACUACACCAACCAAGACAACCAAUACCAGGCUAUAAUCCGGUGUCCUUUGCAAAUUGGUGUAUGUGAUUUCAAGGCGGUGUAUAGUAACCAAGAGACUGCGCCACAUGCGGUGUGCAGGUACCCCGAGCUGAAUGGGUUGUUGAUUAUUUUAGGCUCAGGUUUGUCACUAUUAAAUGGAUUUUUAAUAACACUUCGAAUUAUGUUACGUACAUUUUGGAGUAGAAUAGGAGCGAAUAAUACAAAGAAUGGUCGUAUGGGUGAUUAUUGGAAGGGGGUGGUGAUAGGUGUGGUGUUCAAUUAUUUUGGCAUACUUUACCUCUCGCUAGCAAAGGAUAUCUCCAAACGUAUGAGAUAUGGUGGUCAACUAUCGAUUGGGUUUCUACUACUCUUUUUCAAAAGCCCCCUUGUCAUUUACCUAAUGGCGGUGUUCUCGUCGUUUUGGACUCCGAUGGGGAUACUACUAGGUUUAGGAUUUAUCGCAGUUUCAAUUAUAAUUAGAACAGUAUUCAAUUUGGUUGUAUUGGAAAUCAGAUCUAGAAAUUGUGUUGUACUAUCACAAGGUUCUAUUGAACAAUUUGGUAUAAUCGGUGAAGAUAGUGAAGAGUCAAAGAACGAUAACCCAUUAAGAUACUACCAACAACCCGACCGAAUUAAACCAGUCCCUUACACCACAUGGAAAGAUUUCUUUAAAGGUUUCUAUAUGAACCUUUUCGCAAUAAUCCUACUUCACGGCUUAAAGAAAUCCUAUAAACGUUAUUCAGGUUUAAAAAAUGGUUUCUACGUUUCAAUUGGUUGUUCAACUAUGAUCAUAGUUUGGAUUUUACUUUGGUCAUUAAACGGUUGGGAUUACAUAACUUAUAAUUUCCCAUUCCCACUAUUACCAAAUUUAAAUAAAUCAACCACCACUACCACCACCAUCAUUCCAUCAUCAUCAACAUCAUCAACAUCACCAACGUCAUCACCAUCACCAUCACCAUCAUUAUCAUCAACAUCAUCAUCAUCAUCAUCAUCAAUUGAAUAUGUUGAAUCAUUAACAACAAAUGAGUUAAUGAAAAUUGCAUUUUUACAAUCAAUUUAUUAUGUGAUAUCAUGGGCAAUUGCAAUGAUGAUGGUAUUUCAUUUUAGUUUAUUUUUAAAAUAUUUACCAGUGAAUCAAGGGGUAAACUUUUUUAGAUUUUUAAAAAAGAAACAUGGUACUCGUAUGGAUUAUAGAUUUGGAUUUAUCGUGGGAAUUAUACCAGUGGUUUUAACAAGUUUCUUCUUUUUUUAUUUCUUCUUUUAUCCAUAUGUUGAAGCACCGUUACCAUCGAAUCCAUCAUUAUGUUCAUUCCCAGCUUGGACUUUAAUCAUACCAUGUCUUGGUUUACUACCAUCAAUGUUAAUGUUUAUAUUCUCACCAAGUGAAAGAUUUAGGUCAGGUAUUAUCUCUGCGAUUGGAGUUUCAAUACUUUUCUUUGGUAUGGGAUCAACCCUAUUAUUAUUAAAUUAUUGUUUAGGUCCGAAUCAAGAUAAAUUCAAUCCAUUAGCUUGGUUAAUCACUUUAUUUGGUUCUUUUAUUAUAGUUUUUGGUUCAAUUCGUAGUGAUACCAUUUUAAUUUUAGAUAAAAAAAAAGAGAAUCCAAGAUUCAUAGAAGAGGAAAGAUUAUUAUCUUCAUCAACUCAAAUUAAAAAUAUAAUUGAAGAUUCAAUUGAUUAUAAUGAAAUUAUAAUUAAUAAUGGUAGUCAAAAUUAUAAAACAAUUAAUAAUUCAAUUUUUAAUAAUAAUAAUAAUAAUAAUAAUAAUAAUAAUAAUAAUAAUAAUAAUAAUAAUAAUAAUAAUAUAAAUAUAAAUAUUAAUAAUAGUAAUAAUAAUAAUAUACCCGAAGGUAUAGCCAAUAAUAAAAAUAAUUAUAAUUUUGAUGAUUAA